GGAUUUGCUGGUAAAUAUUCACCAACCACUUGAUGAAUCUUACCUCUUUUUUUCAACCACACAAUUUAAUGGAAAUGUCAUUUGUUUUGUCAACUUCCAUGCACUACUAGUAUAACUAUUGCUAUGCCUUUUUCUACUUUUCUGGAUAAUGUUCAAAUAAUCAGUCAUCUUAAUUUGAAUCUUGAAACAAACUAAAUCCCUUCAUUUCUUCUCUGUGUUUCUCAUUUUGUUCUUCAUAUAAUAAAUGGCUAGUGUUUCAGCUAAUUGUCUCAGAUUUGGGUGUUCAGCCAAUCAGGUCUUCAACAUAUCUAAGAUAAGCAGAGGUGUGAAGUUGGUUUCUAUGGGUUGGGGAAGGAGUACUGCUGGUUUCCCUUCUCUCAGAACAUUACGCCUCCGCGUCGCAGCGGCAAAGUCAGAGACAGUUGAGAGGGUAAUAAACAUAGUGAGGAAGCAACUGGCUUUACCUCCAGACACUAAAGUCAGCCCUGAAAGUACGUUCAAUAAGGACCUUGGUGCCGAUUCUCUCGACACUGUGGAAAUUGUGAUGGCCCUAGAAGAAGAGUUUGGGAUUGCAGUAGAAGAAGAGAACUCAGAGAAUAUUGUAACUGUCCAGGAUGCUGCUGACUUGAUUGAAAAACUUGUUGAAAAGAAGUAAGACAUUUUUAUAAUAGGAUGGAAAAAUUAUGAGAGUGAGUUUAAUUUAAUUAGCUCAAUUUUUAUGGAUUGAUUGUAAUUCAUAUUCUUGGAUUGUACCCUUGCUAUUAUUAGCAUUCUUUUUGCAACAUUUUGUAUUUUUGAUAUCUGAAUGAUGAUGACUUUUCUUUCUUA